AUGUCUGGUAUACCACUUGAUCCAAAUACAUCUAAUCCUGUUAACACCAUAAUUAAUGCCCCCUUUAAUGACACAACUUUGCUCAACCAGCCUGGCUCACUCAAUGCAAACAACUCAACCACCACACCAUUCAACUCCAUUAAUACUACAUCUGAUAAUAUGUUUGCGUCUUUGGAUGUUUGUUAUACUAUAAUUGUUGGAGGUACAACAUUCCAAUUGUCGGCAACAUCUCUUUUCUCUGACAGCCCAAAUCACUUUACAGAUUACUUUGCUAACUCAUUGACUCUAGUGAUGAAUAUUGAUAGAGACCCAGAAAUAUUUAAGGAUAUCAUCAAACAUUUGCAGGGAUAUUAUGUUGUACCAAGAGAUGAGGUUCACUAUAUGCAUUUGACGACAGAUGCAGUAUUUUACAAUUUGGUAAAGUUGAAAAAACAAUUACGGAUGGGUUAUAUGAUAAAUGUUGGUGGAAAACUAUUUCAACUCAACCGAGAAUUAUUAGAAACCCGUGACACACCAAAUUAUUUUACUUCUAUAGGAUUCGAAUGUAAUUGGGAACCACCGCCAAAUUCACUUACAAAGAUAUUACCAUUUAUACCAUCAUUAAAACCAUCAAUGAUAGAUCGUGAUCCAGAUUUAUUUGCCGAGAUAAUGAGGUAUCUUCAAGGUUACGAUAUAGAGAUUAAGAGCGAAGUGCAACGACAAAAUUUAUUAAAAGAUUCGAGAUUCUAUCGCCUGAGAGGUUUGACUGAGAAGUUGCUGGCGUCAAAGUUGACGUUGAAAAAUGAAAUAUUAUUCCACUUAAAGGAUGUACGAACUUCAAAUUCAGCUCUAUCACUUGAAAAAUCACUUGAAAAAUCACUUGAAAACAUCGAUGAUAAUAAUUCUAAUCAUAUGAUGCAAGAUGAUGACAAUAAUAGCGAUCCUGAUUCAUUUGUGUGUAUAGAGGACACCAAAUGA